CCCCUAUACUCCACUGACAGCUAUAUAUACACUGCGACCACCAUGAUAUCCAUCAGGCCUUGUCGCCAUGAAUCUCUACCAGAUGAGCUCCGGGAUACUCAACAAUACCUACACUAACGAGUCGGGGCAAGCCAUUUAUAAAGUCUCGACUCCUCACAAGUUCUCUGGGCGCGUCACAACUAUCUCUCGUAUCGUACCAUCAGAUUACGAGCCCCCUCGCGUGGAAGAUACAACCAGCUAUGAACUUGGGAGUCUUCGAAAAUGCACUCCUGCGCGGUCGGAUAGUGAUGGGAGCUCCAUAGGCAGGGAACCCGAAGUGGACUUCAGAGAUCGGUUUGCGCCACUGGGUUACAUUGAUUGGAAGGUGUUCGCUUCAUCCGUGAUGCGAUAUAAGGGGGAGGAGGUCAAGGCAACUACAUAUUUGAAGAAGCAGGGCUGGGGAUCGUAUGGAAGGAACCGCGUAUUCAAAGGUCCUGAUGGCAAAGAGUAUAAAUGGAUAUUGGGCUCGAGUAUUCCCGAACUAAUUCUAAACGACGGGUCGAAAACCCUAAUAGCUAGAUUUCACACGAGAAAACUUGGCGUCUUUAGUCCUGCCAACGCAAGACCGGCCUAUCUGGAGAUUCUUCCUGACGGAGAGCACAUGGUUGACGUCAUCUUUUUCACCUUCAUAUAUAUCGAGAAAAUCCGUAAAGAGCAAGAGAGGAAUAGUGCGGCUGCUUGA